AUGUUUCUGUCUCUUCCUACGCUGACUGUCCUCAUUCCAUUUAUCUCUUUGGCAGGACUGUUCUACUCGGCCUCCGUGGACGAAAACUUCCCCCAGGGCUGCACUAGCACAGCCAGCCUGUGCUUCUACAGUCUGCUCCUGCCCAUUACCAUCCCCGUGUACGUGUUCUUCCACCUGUGGACGUGGAUGGGUAUUAAGCUCUUCAGGCAUAAUUAGUGCACCCAGAGCCAAGAUGGUAUAUAUGUUAAUGAUAAGUCUUGAGUGUCUCACUCAACUGCAUGAAAAUACUGGAAACCCACUUAGUUUUCAGGAAAGAUGCUUUACUUUGCUUCUGUCAGGCUGAGGACUAUGGGAGACUUACAUUGCAGAAGCUUCUUUGAUUAUAGUUUGGUUCUGCCCUUGUUUUUUGAAGGUUUUAAUUUAUAACUGCUAUGUCAGAAGAAACAUUUAAACACGCUGUCUUAUUGGAAAUUAACAAUCCCAACCAUCACCUAAUGACUUAUUUCUUAUCUCUUUCAUCCAAAUAUUAAUAAUUUGAAAUUUUUAUGUUUGUUUGAGAUUCAAUCUGUGAUAAAGUCACAUGUUCUACAGAUAACUGAAAUAAUUCCAAAGGGCUAUGUUGGAGUGUUAUAGAGAAAUGCAUUUGAACUAGUGUGAUAUAAAACUAAUAAAAUUGAAACUUCAUUUACUU